AUGUUCGCCGCUACCGCUCUCCUCACCGUUCUCGCCGGCAUCGCCCGUGCCCAGACCGUCCUCUACGAGGGCUCCGCCUUCAAGGCCACUGUCUACUACGACAUUGACGAGUACAACGGAGUCGACGUCUGUGCCGCUUCCAACGGCGGCCCCUUCCAGUCCAACUGGGCCAUUGACACUGGCAUCAACACCGGUGUCACCUACUGCCAGGGCUCGGACACCACCGCAUGGACCCUCAAGGACCUCAACUCGAACCGUAUCGUCGCCAUGAACUACACCAUGGUCUCGGGCGACAAGUCCAAGUGGUGUGGCAAGGAAGUUCAGAUCUUUGACGCUUCCGGCAACGAGAUCACCAUUGACGAGGGACCCUUCGUGCUCUUCGACGGCUGUGCCGCUUGCAUGAGCGAGAACAUCAUUGACCUGUCUGCCAAGGCCUUCGCUGCCGUCAAGGGCGGUACCUGCUCGGGCAACAACCCCACCGGCCUCACCGUCAAGAUCCUCGACAGCACCAUCUCGCCCUCGGGCUCGGUUGCCUCGUCUGGUUCGGUUGCCUCGACCUCUGCUGCCGCCGUUGAGUCGUCUUCGAGCUCGUCGGCUGCCGCUGUCGAGACCGCCGCCGCUACCGCCACCGACGCCGCUACUGCUGCCGCCACCGUUACUGCCUCGAUUGCCGGCAACCAGCUCAUCGCUGAGGUCAACUCGUCGGUCGUUUCGGUUGAGCAGGCCACUGCCGCUGCCACUGCCGCUGUCACCGACGCCGCCGCUGUCGAGUCCGUCGCCUCUGUCGCCGUUGUCGAGUCUGUGACCUCUGCCGCCCCCGUCGAGGCCUCUACCUCUGCGACCACUACUCUCCCCGUCUCCAACGCUGCUGUUCCCGUCACCACCGAGGGUGCCUGCACUUUCGGCGCUUGGCAGUGCUCUGGCCUCGCCCUCCAGGUCUGCGCCUACCAGGACAGCACCACCGUCGCAUGGGAGACCGUCGCCACCUGCGACUCGGAGUGCAGCUUCACCUCCACUGGCAGCGUUCUCUGCCAGUAA